AUGGAGAUGGUGAUGGUGUUGGAUAAGAAGAUCUUGAUGGUGAUGGUGAUGUUGAUGGUGAUCGUGGUGGUGCUAGAUAAGGCGAUAGCGAUGGUGUUGGUGAUGAUGAGGGUGAUGGUGAUGGUGAUGGUGGUGUUGAUGGUAAUGAUGAUCUUGAUGGUGAUGGUGUUGGAUGAGAUGAUAGUGAUGGUGGUGAUGAUAUUUAUGGUGGUAGUGAUCGCGAGUUUGAUGAUUAUGGUGUUGGAUAAGCUGAUAGUGAUGGUGAUGGUGAUGAUGAUGAUGAUGAUGAUGAUGGCUGUGGAUAAGGUUAUGGUGAUGAUGAUGGUGAUGGUGAUGGUGAUGUUGAUGGUGAUAGUGAUGCUGCUGGACAAGUUGAUAGUCAUGGUGGCGUGA